AUGGUUGCUGUUGUUUGUUUGGAUGUUCAGCUAACAAAUUCGAUACAAAUAAAUGGCGAUGCACGUCCAAAUGGCGAUUCUGCGAGGGAAGGGGAGGAAGUCAGUACUACAACACUCUCAACGAUCGCUGUACGGGCAGGAGAUCACGCUUCGAUAGUUGUCGCGUUAUUAAAGUCUGUUGGAUAUUUGCAACUACGAGUUGAUGAAAUGAAGCCGGGUCUUCUCGCUAUUGGAGGAUCUAGUGAGGAAGCAGCUGCUCUGCUUCAAAUUCAUGAUGAUUUAAUGGCUCGGCUUAAGGACAAAGAGGAUCAAGUGACUGCUGUAUUAACACGGGCGGAAGGUUUAAGCUCAGAAAAACAAGCCAAAGAAGCUAUUGUCUAUGAUGAUAUGGCAAAAUGUCUACGAGAGGCAUGGCAAGGAUUAAAUAAACAACUUCUACUGCGUGGUUAUCUUCUUAGAGAAACUUUGAAGUUCUAUCAGUUGGCACAGCAUCAUGAACAGCUUGUAAACACAGUAACAGAUGCCCUGAGAAGGCUCAUGUCUAGUGAAAACGGCGAGGAUACUACUAUAGCCGCAAAGAAGAUUGAGCGUACCGUUAAUGAACUGAUUGAAACUACUGCACAAGCUGUGGACGUUGGUUCAUCAGUGAUUGCUCAAAUACGAACGCUUGGUCAACUUAGUGAUGAUCCUCAACGGCCUCAAGAAACUUUAAAUGCUUGUGUUCUUGUCGAGAAGGUGAUGCUUAGGUGA